CUGGCAUCAAUUUGGUCCCUCCAAAAAUGAAGGCAUUGGCCACAGCGUGUGUUGCUCCAGCUUUCCUUUCUGUGGAUGCGUCAGCUCCCGGUCCUUCGUCUGCUGCUUUCAUCGUCACGGCGCACCGGAAGCCAUGGACGAGAAGACGGACCUCCCGAAGAUCUAUCGGCAAGCACUCUGCUUCUGCCGCAGCUGGUGCUGCAACUGCAUCAGCAACCCCUGCCCUCCCUCCCCUCGAGAGCACUGUUGUCGUUGAGGAGAUCUUGCCAGACGGCCGUCCUCCGCUGCUAUCUCUGAGCGUCGAGGAGCUUGCCAGCAGUGUAGGUGGCACCGGACGAGCCAGGAGGAUAUGGGAGGCUCUGCGCAAAGGCCAGCUACCCAUCGACAUCGAUGACAGCACAGAGAAGCCACUUUCCCACCGGGCUCUGACAAGGCUGCUGGAGGCCACCCAGCUGCUGCCCUAUGAGGUGAUCAACGAGACCGUGAGUGCGUGUGGCACGGUGAAGCUGUUGGUGCGGCUGAGGGAUGGCCAUGGCGUGGAGACCGUCAUUAUCCCGAGCGAGAAGGGGCACAGCACGCUGUGUGUGUCCAGCCAGAUUGGCUGCGCGAGGGCAUGCAGGUUCUGCAAGACCGGGCAGAUGGGCCUCAUGAGGAAUCUUGGGGCGGACGAGAUCCUUGCACAGGUGAGUGGGUGGCCAGCCAGUCGAGAGAGGACAGGCAUACCCACCCAUUGCGAGUUCCCUCCUCUUGGCUUCACGCAGGUGUUCUUUGCACACCGAUGGGUGCGUGAGAGCGAUGGCCGCACACCGCCGAUCCGAAACGCGGUGUUCAUGGGGAUGGGUGAGCCCCUCAACAAUCCGCGCGCUGUGAGGAGGGCAAUACAGACGAUGACAGACCCAUUCGCUUUUGGGCUGGGGCGAUCACACAUUACGGUGAGCAAGAGUCGCCAUACCCGGCGUGAUCUACAUCUUUCUUCCUUCUCUUUGGGUGCUCGUCUGCGUAGGUGUCGACGGUCGGCCCAUCUCCUGCCUCGAUUCGUUUGCUUGAGGACAUCCCCGUGCACAUAGCAUGGUACUAGAGCACAACACACACGCCACGGAUGGAACAGACGCACACACACCCAGAGAUAUCCUCCCUUGUCCCUGGCUGCGUACUAGGUCGGUGCACGCUGCACGCGAUAAUGUCCGACGGCUGCUCGUCCCCACCACUGUCCACCCCAUGACUGACCUCCGUGACGCCUUUGCCGACAUGCUGAUCGCACGCAGCAACAAACAUCAGGGCCCGGGGCGGUUUCCCAAGCGCUAUCUGAACAUCAUGGUCGAGUGCACCCUGCUGGACGGGCUGAAUGACAGCAGAGAAGACGCUGAGGCGCUUGUCGAGCUGGUGAGGGGGCUGCCUGGCGAGCCCAAGGUGAACCUGCUGCCGUACAAUGACAUCGGUGUCCCCGGCUACCGGAGAAGCCCUGAGGCAAAGGUAGGUACGCAUGGAUGAGAUAGACACAGAGAUGGGAUGUGUCUGUUGAGUGGAGUUGUUCGUAUGCGUGAUGGGUUGAUGGAUGGAUGCAGGUGGCUGCGUAUCUGGAGUGUGUGCGAGAGGGAGGGGUAAUGUGUUCGGUGAGGCGGGCCAGAGGCGAUGAGGAUAUGGCAGCAUGUGGCCAGCUGGCCACCACAGCUGGGCUGGGCUAGCUUAGGGGGAGCUGACAGAACGGUCGAGUGAGGCUGAGAGAUUUCUGUCAUGUCUUGAG